UACACCAAAGUUACGUAAAGAAUUGAUAAGAUUUGCUGCAGAUAAUUAUUAUUAACAUUAAAGUAAUUAUCAGACCGCUUAUUGUUCGAUUACAGUUUGGAUUUUACAAAUAAAAUGUCAAAACAUUUCAAGUAUGCUGUCGUGACAGUGAGUGAUAGUUGUAGCUGCGGCACUGCAGAAGACACCAGUGGUCCAAAUUUAGUAAGGUUGUUAGAAACAAAAUUUGGUGCUUCUGGUGUUAUAUAUCGUCUGGUUCCAGAUGAUAUUUUAAAAAUAAAGGAAUGUUUAGAAACAUUAAUAUCUCAAGAUGUAGCAUUGAUCCUAACAACUGGUGGCACUGGGUUCAGCCCUCGAGAUGUUACUCCUGAAGCAACUCGAGCUGUUAUCCAAAAAGAAGCUUCAGGAAUAACUCAUGCUAUGAUGAGUGGAAGCCUUAAAGUAACACCUCAUGCUAUGCUAUCUAGAGGAAUUAGUGGUAUAUGUGAUUCUACUCUUAUAGUAAACUUACCUGGAAGUAAAAAAGCAUCACAAGAAUGCUUUGAAAUUAUACAUACUGCAUUGCCACAUGCUAUAUGCUUAAUUAGAGAUUUGCAGAAAGAUGUUAAAGCAAUUCAUCAAGAAAUGCAAGGCCAAAAAAGUGGUUGUCGACAUACUCACUCUAAUACAGAUGUGAAUAAAAUAGCUUAUCGUUUGAGAUCUUCACCAUAUCCAAUGUUAAGUGUGGAUGAAGCAAAUCACAUCAUUAAGGACAUUAUUUCAUCAGGUGCAUUAUUAAAAGAAUUUGCAGAGAAAUUAGAAUGCCUGAAAAUAGACAAAUGUCUAAAUAGAGUUCUGGCAGAAGAUAUAUACUCUAAAAUUUCAUUACCGCCGUUUCGGGCAUCAAUCAAAGAUGGUUAUGCAGCAAUUUCAUCUGAUGAAGUUGGACCAAGAGAUGUUUUGCAAGGCAUAUGUGCUGGAGAUUAUGCAGACAUCCAAUUAAAACCAGGACAAUGUGUUAGAAUCAAUACUGGGGCAAUGGUUCCAGAUUCUGCAGAUUGUGUAAUUCAAGUUGAAGAUACAAAGCUUCUGAAACAUAGUGAGGAUGGUACUCAAGAAUUGCAGAUCGAGGUCAUGGUUAAAGCAAAAAGUGGACAAGAUAUUAGGGAGGUUGGAUCUGAUUUACCAAAAAACACAUUAGUCUUAACUAAAGGAACUGUACUUGGUGCAUCUGAAAUUGGUCUACUUGCAUCUAUUGGUAUUAAUACAGUUAAGGUUCACCGCAUUCCAACAAUAGGUAUUCUCUCAACUGGUAACGAGUUGCAAAAUUUUGACUCUGAAUUGAAGCCAGGUCAUAUCUUUGACUCAAAUAAAAUAAUGUUAAUGAAUUUGUUACAAGAAAAUAAUAUGAGUGGCGUUGAUUUGGGAAUUGUGCAUGAUGAUUAUGAACAAAUGAGUAACACUCUCAAGAAUUCUUUUCAAAAUAAAUGUGAUAUAAUUAUAUCUACUGGUUGUGUUUCAAUGGGUGAUAGAGAUAUUUUAAAAGAAAUUUUACAGAAAGAAUUGUCAGCUGUAAUACAUUUUGGACGUGUGAACAUGAAGCCAGGAAAGCCUACAACAUUUGCUAGCUUUGUGAUGCAAACCGGAACAGAAUCCAGACAAAAACUAAUUUUUGCUUUACCAGGAAAUCCAGUGUCUGCCUUUGUUACUUUCCAAUUGUUUGUCAUACCACAUUUGAAAAAAUUAGCGCAGUAUGAAAAUGUAGAUCAUCCAGUUAUUGAAGUUGAGCUACUUGAAGAUUUAUCUCUCGAUCCAAGACCGGAAUAUGCCAGAGCUUCAGCCACAUGGUGUCCUAAUAAGAAGUGUUACUUGGCGCAAACUACUGGGAAUCAGAUUAGUAGUAGACUUGCUAGUGUUCCAAGGGCUAGUGUACUGUUAAUGUUACCAAUGAGAACUGAAACUAAAUUGAAAGCAAUUAAAGGGGAAAAAGUGAAUGCUAUUGUGUUAAAUAUUCGAGCAUUUGGUUGA